AUGGUAAUUCUUCAGGAUUCAAUAGUUAUACAUAAAGACGUGGAAACUGUCCGCAGGGCGUUUUUGGACUUUGCAGCUUAUUCAGUUUGGAGGUCGCUGUUCAUUCAAUCCAUCAAGGUAACAACCCCAAACAAGGCGCCAGAUAGCCCCAUCCUUUCCGGUGACACUUUAGAAGUAAAAAUCAUUUUGCCCGUUUCACAGAAAGAGAACAUAUUCGAUCCGGUAGUUCUGGAAAACUCAGAGCAGCGUUUUCGGUGGAAAGGUAAGCUAAUAUUCGAUUCAAUUUUUGCUGGCGAGCACAAAUUUGAAUUUGUUUCUAUCGAAAAUGGGACUAAAACCUCUUUUAUUCAGUCAGAAGAGUUCACUGGACUUCUCGCAUGGCCACUUCUUAAAUUCAUCGGUGAAGAUACCCAGAAAGGCUUCUCUUUAUUCAACGAAAAAUUCAAAGAACAUGUGGAAAACACCUCACUAUCUGUGGAUUAA